AGUAAAGUGAGAGAGGGGGAAAAGAGCAAUAUUAAAAUAAAGCGGACAAUAAAUUCAGACCCCUGACCUGACCACACACCUUGCGGAUUCCCCCUCUCCUCCUUUCUCACCUCCAUAAGUAGCCCCCCAACCCUCCUUCCCGCUUCCCAUCCCCCAAACAAACUCACUCCCCAAACCCCUUUCUCUCUCUAAAAAAAAUGGCCGCCUUAUUCACAUUACCCAUCCUCCUCCCCAUUGCCUCACUCCUCUCUCUCCUAUUUCUCUCCGCCGACGCCAGAAUCGGCGGCGUCUACACCGGCAGUCCCUGGGAUUCCGCCCACGCCACCUUCUACGGCGGCAGCGACGCCUCCGGAACCAUGGGUGGUGCUUGCGGGUACGGCAACCUGUACAGCCAAGGGUACGGCGUGAACACGGCGGCGCUGAGUACCGCUCUGUUCAACAACGGGCUGAGCUGCGGGUCGUGCUUCGAGCUUAAGUGCGACGGCGACCCGAAAUGGUGUCACCCGGGGAGCCCUUCCAUCUUCAUAACGGCCACCAACUUCUGUCCUCCCAACUUCGCGCUUCCCAACGACAAUGGCGGCUGGUGCAACCCACCUCGCCCCCACUUCGACCUCGCCAUGCCCAUGUUCCUCAAGAUCGCCGAGUACCGUGCCGGCAUCGUCCCUGUCUCUUACCGCCGGGUCCCAUGCAGAAAGCAAGGAGGGAUUAGAUUCACAAUCAACGGCUUCCGUUACUUCAACCUGGUUUUGGUGACCAACGUGGCAGGUGCAGGGAACAUCGUGCAGGUCGGCGUUAAGGGAAGCAAAACGGGCUGGCUGUCCAUGAGCCGAAACUGGGGCCAAAAUUGGCAGUCCAAUGCUGUCUUAGUGGGCCAGGCCCUUUCUUUCCGGGUUCGGGCCAGCGACAGACGGAGCUCCACUUCAUGGAACAUUGCGCCCGCCAACUGGCAGUUUGGUCAAACCUUCACGGGAAAAAAUUUCCGCGUUUGAAAAUUCCAAAAAAAAAAAGACCUUUUUUUUUUCACUGCCCCCAUUUUUUUUUCAUCCUUGUUUUGUCGUUUGUUGUGACUUUUUUUUUGUUUUGAAGUUUCCCGCCUUGGGAUUUUCCGUUAUUUUCUCGGGAAAAUCUCAAGUGCUUGGGAUGGGAGUAUAAAAAGUAAUAGAUGGGGUGAUAAUAUGGGGUUUUUGGUAAAAGAUUAA